AGUGGCUUCGGACCUGGCUGCCUAUAGUUCUUCGUCUUCACCAGCUACGACAGUCUGUUGUGAACUUUCCCACUUCCAUCCACUUCCUGUCCUACAAGAAUGGAUCCCCAAGGCCUGAGGGAAGACCUCCGUCUGUUUCAAACCACUUUGCUGCAGGAUGGACUCAAAGAGCUUCUGAAUGAGAACAAGUUGAUCGAUUGUGUCCUGAAAGUUGGAGACAGAAGCAUCCCCUGCCAUCGGCUCAUUUUGGCAGCUUGCACUCCUUAUUUCCGGGAGCUGUUCUUCUCAGCGGACGGGAACGAAACGGAUAAAAAGGAGGUUGUUCUGGAGAACCUGGACCCCAAUGUUAUGGAGGCGAUUGUAAAUUACAUGUACUCGGCAGAGAUUGACAUCAACGAGGACAACGUGCAGGAUAUUUUGGCCGUUGCCAAUCGCUUCCAGAUCCCCUCGGUGUUCACAGUUUGUGUGAAUUAUCUCCAGAAGAAGCUGUCAAAGAAAAACUGCCUUGCCAUCUACAGGCUGGGACUGAUGCUGAACUCUGCCAGACUGGCAAUUGCAGCUCGAGAUUACAUUGCAGAUCGGUUUGAGACCAUAGCCAUGGAUGAGGAUUUCUUAGAGCUCGCUCCACCUGAACUCUUUGCCAUUAUUGGAGCGGAUGCACUGAAUGUAGAAAAAGAGGAGCUAGUGUUUGAGUCCCUCAUGAGGUGGAUCAGGAAAGACAAAGAGAAACGUAUGACGUCCUUAGAAGAGGCCUUUGACUGUGUUCGUUUCCGUUUACUCCCAGAGGAGUACUUCAAGGAAAAGGUGGAGAAGGAGGACCUCAUUAAGACUAAUCCUGAGCUCCUCAAAAAAAUCAAAGUCAUAAAGGAAGCCUUUGGAGGGAAGCUUCCCGAGAGGAAAAAGGGGCAAGAUGACGAGGAAGGAGAGGAGGGAAAAUUGCCUGUUUAUCUGAACGAUAACCGCAGAUAUGGCAUGUAUGCCAAAGACGUGGUUGUGAUGAUCAAUGACACUGCUGUCGUGGCCUAUGACGCCCAGGAGAACGAAUGCCUUCUUGCUGCAAUGGCAGAGCCGGUCCCCCGAAACCACGUCAGUCUGAGGUCAAAGAAGAACAAUCUGUAUGUGUUGGGGGGGCUGUUUGUAGAUGAAGAGGACAAAGAAAACCCACUGCAGUGUUACUUCUACCAGUUGGACAGUCUCACUGCUGAAUGGAUCGCUCUGCCACCCAUGCCCUCCCCCAGGUGUUUGUUUGCAAUGGGGGAAUUUGAAAAUCUCAUCUUUGCUGUAGCAGGAAAAGAUUUACAGUCCGAUGAGUCUCAUGACACUGUAUUGUGCUAUGACACCGAAAAAAUGAAGUGGAGCGAAACAAAAAAGUUGCCCUUGAAAAUCCACGGCCACUCUGUGGUGUCCGAGAACGGGCUGGUGUACUGUAUCGGAGGCAAAACAGAUGACAAUAAAGCGACCAAUAAGAUGUUUGCAUACAACCACAAGAGGUCAGAGUGGAAGGAGGUGGCUUCCAUGAAGACACCCAGAUCCAUGUUUGGUGCAGUUGUCCACAACGGGAAGAUUGUUGUAGCUGGGGGAGUCAAUGAAGAGGGCCUCACAGCUGCAUGUGAAGCCUAUGACUUCGGAACCAACAAGUGGUCACCCUUCACAGAGUUUCCCCAGGAGAGGAGUUCAGUCAACCUGGUCAGCUGUGGAGGGGUGCUGUACGCUGUAGGAGGCUUCGCCGUGGUGGAGAAUGAGAACAAAGAGUGCGCCCCAAGUGAAAUCACUGACAUUUGGCAGUAUGAAGAUGACAAGAAACAGUGGACUGGCAUGAUUAAAGAGAUGCGUUAUGCAGCUGGAGCCUCCUGUGUGUCCAUGCGUCUGAAUGCAGCCAGAAUGCCCAAACUGUAACAACAGAGACAUACAGAGGACUUAACUGCUUUAGGCAAACAUAUUAUGUACAUGCUCUUAUUUAGUGGCUCCUUUUUAACAUAUCAGACACCUUAAUUGGCUUAUUUCUCAUAAGUCACCAGCAUCUAAACAGUCACUGUUGUUUGGACCAGACAUUAUCGUCAGCCACCCCUCUUCCACACAUGAAAUACGAGUAUUUGUGAGUAUUAUGUCCCUCUUCCAGACUUUGUAACCCUUCAGUAUUAAAAUAUUAUCUCCCACAGACUCAUUGUUCAGAUUAUUCAAGAGCAGAAUUAUUGUGCCCAUGUGCAUGUUCAUGACAACUGUAUGAGCCUAGUCAGAACAGACUGGAUUAAAGGUUCUGGUAUAAUGAUA